CAAAUAUGACCUCAAUGCUACAGAACAUUAAACACUCUGAGACUAGAGGGACUUGAGCUUGAAGACAAACGAACCAAAAUGUGUGCGAAAUCACCCACAUACUCAUCGUUUCCCUCGAUCCCCUGUAUCUUCCUCUCCUUCACUCUCCUGUCAAUCUUCUCGCUUUCCUUCUUCUUCGUUGCAAACUACCCUAAACCUACCUGCAAACUCGCUGAACUCAACAGCUCUCCACAAUCCUCUAUCAAAGUCUUCGUCGCCGACCUCCCCAGAUCCUUCAACUACGACCUCCUCAACCAAUAUUGGGCCUCCACGUCACCAGACGCUCGUCUUCCUUUUGACCCAGAUCACCAGAUCCACCAUGAGCGGCUAAAGUUCCCGCCGUUUCCCGAAAACCCGUUGAUUAAGCAGUACAGUGCGGAGUAUUGGAUCUUGGGCGACCUGGAGAGCCCAGAGAACGUGAGGGGGGACUCGUUUGCGAAGAGGGUUUUCAGGGUUGAGGAGGCUGAUGUCGUUUUUGUGCCCUUUUUUGCCACGUUGAGUGCGGAGAUGGAGCUGGGGAAGGAGAGGAGUUCGUUUAGGAAGAAGAGCGAGGAGAAUGAAGAUUAUAAAAGGCAGAAGGAGGUUGUUGAGAUUGUGAAAAAGUCUGAGGCUUGGAGGAGGUCUGGUGGUAGAGAUCAUGUGUUUGUUCUUACAGACCCAGUUGCAAUGUGGCAUGUUCGAGCUGAGAUAGCCCCAGCAAUUCUACUGGUAGUAGAUUUUGGUGGUUGGUACAGACUUGACUCAAAGUCAUCCAAUGGUAGCUCAUCGGAGAUGAUACAACACAUGCAAGUUUCCUUGCUUAAAGAUGUCAUUGUCCCAUACACGCAUUUGCUUCCCAGAUUGCAUUUGUCAAAAAAUAAGAAACGCCAUAUCUUUCUUUAUUUUAAAGGGGCUAAACAUAGGCACAGGGGAGGCUUAGUUCGGGAAAAGUUAUGGGACUUGUUGAUUAAUAAGCCCGGAGUUGUCAUGGAAGAGGGCUUCCCUAAUGCCACUGGGAGGGAACAAUCAAUUAAAGGGAUGAGAUCGUCUGAAUUUUGUUUGCACCCAGCUGGGGAUACCCCCACAUCAUGCCGGCUUUUUGAUGCCAUUCAAAGUCUUUGUAUACCUGUCAUUGUUAGCGAUAAUAUUGAGCUUCCAUUUGAAGGGAUGGUGGACUAUUCAGAAUUCUCUGUUUUUGUGGCAGUAGAUGAAGCAUUGAGACCAAAUUGGCUUCUGGGUCAUCUUAGAAGUUUUUCCCAGGAGAAGAGAGAUAACUUUCGUCGCAAAAUGGCUGAAAUUCAAUCAAUUUUUGUCUAUGAUAGUGGUCAUCCUGGUGGCAUCGGGCCACUUCCCCAAAAUGGUGCUGUAAAUCAUAUUUGGAGAAAAGUUCACCAAAAAGUGCCCAUGAUCAAGGAAGCCAUUGUACGAGAUAGGAGAAGACCACCAGGUGUGUCCAUUCCCUUACGUUGCCAUUGUACUUAAAUGUUGGUGUUUCACAGACGGUAUGAUUGUUUUUGACACCAGAGGGACUGUUCCCAUUGUCCAAUUGAUUCAAUUGUUAGUUCUCCUUUCUACUUAAA